UUCUUUCGUAAUUUUUCACUACUAUUCUAUUAUUGCGUGCGAACGAUAAGUCAGUACAUAAUUAGGAAUCUGAAGCCUUCGCUUAGUAGUGGAUGAAAGCAGCCGACGAGCGGAGUUGGGACAACAGUACCAGAUUUUGAGUUUUAAUUUUUCUCCGGUGAAUACGUAUCAUACUUUCCUCCUCGCAAAAUGGCCCUAAGCGACGCAGAUGUCCAGAAACAGAUCAAGCAUAUGAUGGCCUUCAUCGAGCAGGAGGCCAAUGAAAAGGCGGAGGAAAUCGACGCCAAGGCCGAGGAAGAAUUCAACAUCGAGAAGGGCCGUUUGGUGCAGCAGCAGCGUCUGAAGAUCAUGGAGUAUUAUGAGAAAAAGGAAAAACAAGUAGAGCUGCAGAAAAAGAUUCAGUCUUCUAACAUGCUGAACCAAGCUCGUCUGAAGGUGCUCAAAGUACGCGAAGAUCACGUCGCCAACGUACUCGAAGAAUGUCGUCGUCGGCUGGGAGAGGUCACCCGUGACCAAGUCCGUUACGGCGAGGUUCUCUCCGCUCUCAUCACUCAGGGUUUGCUGCAGCUCAUGGAGGCCGACGUGGUCGUACGAGGUCGCCAAGUUGAUGCUCAGCUGAUCCAAAAUAUUCUGCCAUCGGCUGUCGCAGAUUACAAGAAAACGUCCGGUAAGGAGGUUGAAGUAACUCUCGAUACGACCACGUAUCUGCCGGCAGAUACUACUGGAGGAAUCGAUCUAACCACUCGGUCUGGUCGCAUCAAGAUCUCCAAUACUUUGGAGUCCCGUUUGGAGCUCAUCGCCCAGCAGCUGAUACCAGCGAUCCGUAAUGCUCUGUUCGGUCGCAACAUCAAUCGUAAAUUCACCGACUAAACAGUAUCCACAGUUCUGCAGAAUGUGCUUCGCCCCAAGCAGUUUUCCUUUUUUCGUCGUUUUUUUCUGUCUAAAAUGAAAUACACAUACAAUAAACAAAGUUGAAAACAAAGUACAGCAUAGAUCGGAUGCAAUUACGCAUAGUAAGGUCAGUUCCACCAGAUUCUAAGUUUACGCUGUAUCGCGCCAACAAAUUAUAGUAGUUAUGUAACUGAGCUGAUUCUAACCGUCAGAUGGCUGUGGAAUCGUUCAAAAGCCACACUACUCUUUACUCAAAACCAUUUACUGUUGUUCGUGUUCCCCCGAAAUGCCAUCUUCCAUCCUGGAGGGAAAACUUUUAUGCCAUUCGUUGGUCAUCUUUCGGUUAGAGUUUUACUCCAAUGUUAUAAAUGAAAAAAUCAGUCCGUUCUUUUUGAUGUUUGCUUAAUAUGCUAUUAGUUUAUCUGAUUGUAUCAUUUAAUAGUUUAGAAAUUUGUUUUAUUUUAUAAUAUUUUAAGACAAGAACUUGUUGCAUAGUGAAAUAUUCAUCGGCAUUGGCGAUAUUCGAUUUUGAAUUACAAGAUCGAAACCUUAACAACAAUAGAAAUAACAUAAAUUUCGACGUUGUACACAUUCCUUCGUUUUUUUGGUACAGUACGGAUCAAUGAUGGGCUAUUUCGUAAGUGCUAUUGUUGAUCCAUCAAAUUAUGUAUGAUUCUUUUCUGUUAGUCGACCUAUUCGGUUUGAUUGUUUGUGCAGUUUUAUCCGAUUCACGACUUGCUGUAAAAAUUUAUUGAAACAGAAUGUCAUUUGGUAGAUUUUGUGAAUUGCUGGAACUAAUGACUAUAACGAUUGAAUGUUUCAAAACUCUUGCCACAGCAUCUUGCUUCGCUUGCACCGAAAUUUUGAUAAAUAUUUUGCUGAAUGUUGAAGCAAUGGCAUGAAUGCGAAAUGUUUAAUCGUUAUUGUCUAUUAUUAACUAUUGUGUGUUGAAAUGGAUCUAUAAAAUCAAAAGAAUCCUUUGUAUCGGUGUGUGAGUCAGUCAGUAAAAAAAGUUCAGUAAAACAAUAAGAUCCGUUGAGCAGUAAGCAUGAAAGGCACAAAACAUAGACUGCAGCAAUCAAAUCGAAUGUUGGUUUCAAUUGGCACAUUAAAAAUCCCCGAUUUAACUGCGAAGUUAAUUUUAAGAUAAUAUAAGAAGGUAAAAGUAUGUAAAAGAUAAUAUGUAAUUAUUAUAUAGAUAUUGUUGUAAUCAUAAUUAAUAUACCUAAUAGUUAAAGUAUAAUGCAUAAAAAUUGAUCAAUAAUACAUCAUUAAUUGAAACAAAAAAAAUAAAAAUACUUAACAAAAAAAAAAACGCUAGACAAAACUAUCGUUUGGGAGACGCUUUCGAUGGUAUCAAUUAAACGACAAACAUGUAUAUUCGUAAACACAUUUUGACCCAAUCAUGCAGCGGAUUUUUAGUUUUAUUUCACUCUAGUAUUGCACCGGCAAACUCACACCUAAUUUGGUGGGAACUAUCAAUCAAUUUGAAAUUUGUAAAACACACACAGAUAUAUAAUAAAAAGUAAUUUCAGUACCGUAGUAGAAAUACCGUUCUAUGAAUUCACAAACAUGCACAGUCAUCCAAUAAGCGAACCCCCGAACCGAAGCAUGUUUAAACGAGCUGUAUACUUUGUAUUGGGAGAAUGGAAAAGAACCAGUUGUGUAGCUCUAGUAAACAGAACAAAAAUAAUCAAAAAUAAAGAAAAACUGCUGUGGUGCGGGAUGAAGGACCGACCAUG